ACCGCCGAUGAGUGCACUGUAGAUAGCAGCUAGCUUUAGCUGAGUCUGUGGCUAAUCUCUUCCAGCGCAGCCAGUAGUUUAGCGAAACACAAAAGUGAACAUUUGCUGCGCAUCUAACCCUUCCAGACUGCUGCAAUGGAGCCCCUGAACAGCCAGUGAAACAGGAGGAAAUGGCUGCCUUGGACGCGGACUACCUGCAGGCUCAGCACAGCGGCGGCGGAGACAAGGACACUCAGCCGUCACCGCUCGCUUUGCUGGCUGCUACCUGCAGCAAGAUCGGGUAUCCGUCGACAGGACAGGAUAACGGUGGUGCCGCUGGCGUGACGACGGACCUGACGUCCAUACAGUUGACAGGGACGUCAGAACGAUGGGAGGUGUUGACUCCCACGGCGACGGUCAAGGAGGAGCCGGGCGUGGUGCAUAUUCCGAACGCGGGGAUCGUGACGUCGAACGGACAGUACGUUCUGCAGAACCUGCAGAGCCAGCCCAUUUUCGUGGCGUCGGGGGCGGACGGGUCCGCCGGUGCAGUGCCUAACAUUCAGUACCAGGUAAUCCCGCAGAUGCACGACGGACAGAUGGGCUUCGCCGUGGACGGGUCCUCCAUGGGCCAGGCCUCGGGGCAGAUCCAGAUCCUGCAGGACGCGGGUCAGGGCAUGGGCUCCUCCGGGGCCUCCGCCGACAUCCUCACCAGCACACAGAACCUCAUAUCCCAGCAGAUCCAGGGAGUUUCCAUCGGCGGCUCCACGUACAGCAACCAGGGUCAGGUCGUCGCCAACGUGCCUGUGGGGCUGCCGGGGAACAUCACCUUCGUUCCCAUCAGCAGCGUGGACUUGGACUCGCUGGGGCUGUCGGGGGCGCAGACGAUAGCCACGGGGGUCACCCCCGACGGGCAGCUCAUCAUGGCGGACGGCUCGGACAAGGCGCGCGAGCAGCACGCGCUCUCGGCCAACAGCCAGGACAUGUACGCGCCCGCCACUUCCUCCUCCUCCCGCCUCCCCGAGACGAUAGACGGCACGGGGGUGCUGACCCAGGCCACCGCCGGUCAGCCGGAGGGCUACGGCCCCCAGGGCCAGGUCCAGAACGUUCCGGCGUCGUCCUCCGCGCAGCAGGUGCUGCAGCUGCAGCAGGACGGCGAGGCGCAGGGCGUGUCGCAGCAGCAGCAGCAGCAGCAGCAGGUGCAGAACCUGCAGCUGCUCAACCCGGGCACCUUCCUCAUCCAGGCGCAGACGCUGACGCCGUCGGGCCAGAUCCAGUGGCAGACCUUCCAGGUGCAGGGCGUGCAGAACCUGCAGAACCUGCAGCUGCAGGGGGCGGGCGGGGCGCAGCAGAUCACGCUGGCGCCCGUGCAGACGGUGUCCCUGGGCCAGGGCGGGGUGCUGGGCUCGGCCCCCGUCAACCUGGCCGCCGGCCAGAUCCCCAGCCUGCAGACGGUGACGGUGAACUCUGUGCAGACGGGCAUCCAGUUCCAGCAGGGCGACGACACCGGCAGCCCCGGAGACAUCCAGAUCAAGGAGGAGCCCGACUCGGAGGAGUGGCAGCUGAGCAGCGACUCCACCCUCAACCCCAGCGACCUGUCGCACCUGCGCGUGCGGCUGGUGGAGGAGGAGAUGGAGCAGCACGGCCAGGAGGGCAAGCGCCUCCGCCGCGUGGCCUGCACCUGCCCCAACUGCAAGGAGGCCGGCGGGAGAGGGUCCAACAUGGGGAAGAAGAAGCAGCACAUCUGCCACAUGCCGGGCUGCGGGAAGGUGUACGGCAAGACGUCGCACCUGCGGGCCCACCUGCGCUGGCACUCCGGGGAGCGGCCCUUCGUCUGCACCUGGAUGUUCUGCGGGAAGAGGUUCACGCGCAGCGACGAGCUGCAGAGGCACCGGAGGACGCACACAGGGGAGAAGAAGUUUGUGUGCCCGGAAUGUUCCAAGCGUUUCAUGCGCAGCGACCACCUGGCCAAGCACAUCAAGACGCACCAGAACAAGAAGGGCGUGAACUCUGGGGGCGUGGCCAUGGCCACCGUGGAGACGGCGUCGCCCGACGGCAUCCUCACGGCGGGGGGCACCACGCUCAUCCUCACCAACAUCCAGCCGGGCUCCGUGGCGGGCCUGGGGGCCGCCAACUCCGCCAGCGCCCAGGACCUCCUGUCCAACUCGGAAAUCCCUUUACAGCUCGUCACCGUCUCCGCCAGCGAGGUCAUGGAGUAGCGUCGUGGCGACCGUCGCCGCGACUCCUCAACCCCCUCCCGCUUUCCCCCCCUGUUUUUUAUAUCUAUAAAUAUAUAUAUAAAUAUAUAUAUUUUAAAAGAAAUUAUCUGUUUAUUAUCAUUAGCAGUCUU